AUGUGGGACCAAUGGCGAGCACCUACAGACAAAGAAUUUCCAGGGACGGCUUACGCCGCGAGACCGAAUGGUUGGAUGGAAACAGAGAUUUUCACUAACUAUUUCAAGAAGACCCUUAUUCCAGCUUUUGGCAGUGAACGACCUAUGUUAGUGCUAUAUGACGGUCAUGCCACACAUUUCUCUGUUGAUCUUGUGGAAACAGGGAUGGCCAAUGACAUAACUAUUCUUAAAAUUCCAGCGCACACCAGCCACCGUCUGCAACCAUGGGAUGUUUCUGUCUUUAAAUCCUUUAAAGCAUAUUGGGCAGAGAUUGCCUAA